CUCAUGGAGUAUGAGAUCAUAGAAGAGGCGGACUCUCGUGUGGCCGCCGCCGCCCUUCUGUUGGCUCUUCGCAUGAAAGGAGAGAAUGAAUGGAGUGAAACUCUUGAGUAUUAUUCUGGAUAUAAAGAGUGUGAUCUAACAAUCCUUAUGUAUCGCUUGAAUGAACUACUGUUGACGCAAACCAAAUGCAAAACUAUAAGAACCAAAUAUUCUCACGAGAUAUUCUUCGAAGUCGCCAAGAUCUCGGCCCUCCCUCGCAGUAAACCACUUAAAGUCUAGUAUCAGAUCCGCUCAACCAUUGCUAUCAUGUGUGACUAAUUCUAAAAUCUUUUAAUCAAUUAUUUUUUAUGAAA